GUGAGUGACGCUCGAGGGACACUCUGGGGUUUGUGCCCCAGAGGCCGCGAUGUUGGGAACGCCGUGGGGCUGUGGAAGGGGGGUGGGGAGGAGGGGGCAUUUCAACAUCAUUCCUUCCCCAAGGAAAUUCCUGCUUGCUUUGCAGAGCUGUGCGCAGCGCAGUCCUCACAUCCCUGCAGCUGCUGGAGGUGCAGGUGGGAGUGCAGGAGCAGCCGAUGGUGGGGACUGCCCAUGGAGAUCCCAAUCCCCUUCCAGCCCAGCAAUCCCUCUAAUCCCAUGGCACACAAUCAGAAUGAUUAAAUAAACCUUUACGCAAACCCAACAACUUCCUGCUUCGACUCCUUUUUUUUUUUUUUUUUUUUUUUUUGUCCUUUAUAUUUUGUUGCUUCCUGCUUCUCUCAGAACGUUCACACUUCUGCUCGUGGCAGGGCUUGGAUUUUAUCCCAGCCAGGGAUUUUUUUGCUGCCGUGCCUUGGCAGCCACUUGGAAACCGAGAGAGGAACUGUUGUUGAUCCCCAAGGCUGUGACAUCACAACCUCAGGCUGCUCCCCGAAGCCAGCCCAGCACAUUCCAGAGGGAAAUGCCAAAUUCUCAGCUUUUCCCUGCUCCCUCCCCGUGCUGCCAUCCCCCUGCUCCGUGGCUGUAGCACCUGGAGCACACAGAGCCCAUCCCGGGAGCUCUGGCAGAGCACGAUGGCAGCGAGGCGUGACCCAAAAGGUGAGAGCUGUGUUUUCUUCUCCUUCACCUCCCCGGUGCCAUUGGCUUCCCCAGAGAUCUUCCCAGACCCCAAUUCCUUGCUCAGGCUGGGAAAAAUCAGCCCCUUGAAGCUUUGAACAGGGCUGAGUCCAAGGAGAGACCCUUCCCAAAUAUCCAAGGCCAAGAGAGAUCCCCACACAGGGGAUGAAUGCAGAGAGCAGCACGUGCUCACUCCUUUUUCUCCCUUUUCUCUCUCUCUCUUUUUUUUUUUUUUUUUUUCUUGUUUAUCCCACCGGUGGCAAUUCCCUGUGCCUGUCCCCCAGCUGUGCAGAAGCUCAUCUCCUUUGGGACAACCCAAGAAAGGAAAAUGUUCCCUUACUACCACGCCCCAGACAGGCUGGGAAUUGAGAUGACAGCGGUGCAGGGCAGCCCUUCCCUGGGGCCAGGCUGUUACCUGGGACCAGAGACAAACAUCCUCAAAUCCUCCAUAAGCACCCGACCCAUGAGCAUCCGGGGGUACGUGAUGGGAGCCAGGACAGCCCCACGCUUCCAGAGGAAGGCUCAGAUGGUGACCCCUGGCCCUGCCACCUACCAGCCCAUCCUGGGGGAGGAGAGGAGGUUCCAGCCUGCCCACGUCCCCUUUUCUUCCAGCAGCCCGAGGUUCCCAACCAGGAUUCUGGAUAAGGAUUUGUACCCUGGGCCUGGAAAUUACAACAUAGAUCAGCCUUUAAACAGAAAAGUCACUUGGCCAAUGAAGUUUGGGGCUCCAGAUUGGGCUGCAGUGCCAGCACUGCCCCAGAGGAUGGUGAAAAUGCAGAUGACUGUGGAUAAAAAUUUCUGGAAAAACCAGGGCAGAGAGGAGUACCUGAAGUUGUACCAGAGCUGAGGAGUCACAUCCUCCUUCCUUUGAAGAACACUCACCUGCACCACCAGGCUUAAUAAACCAAAUAUUUUAAAUGUUUUCAAUGUUUUAAAUUAGUUCUGCCCAGCUGUAGCAAAAACAGCUCAAUAUUCUCAACCCCGUAUCCAGCACAAGUGCAAAACCUGGGAAGAAAGAAACUCUAGAAUUGUUUGCUCUUUUUUAUCCCUUAUUAAAUUUUUUUAAAAUUCUGUCUUGUGCCUUUCAACAUCCAGCCUUUGCUGAGGCAGAGAAGGAGCCAAAAAACAAAGGAAUUAUUUCCAUUUCCUCUGAAUGAAUAUUCCCAAUUUCCCCUCAGCUUUUUCCCCACAGUUUUUUUCCUCAUAUCCAACCCAGGGGUUUUGUCCACAAGCUGAGGGAAGAAAAAAAAAAAAAAAGAGGAAUAUUCAGGUGGUUUUUGGUACCCUCAGAGAGUUUUUAAUGUCUUUGUGCCCAAAAUAACACCCUGAAAACAUCAGAGGGAGAGGCUGGGCUGGGCCAGGCCCCACCAGGUGGAUUUUUUGCAUUUUGGUUCCUUCCCUGCUGAUACAAAAAUAUUCUCAAUUAAAGAACCAAAAAUGAAAAAGAAAAAAAAAAAAACAAACGAACAAAAAAAAAAAAAAACCCCUUGAAACUGAAAAUCUGGGCACAAAAAUAAAUGUGGCCUGAAACAGAAAGCUCCUGGUGUUAGGGCAGCUGUUUGAACCUUUGAUUUUUGUGUUUCCAAAGCCUCCCACACAUGGAUGUGUCUGAUCCCAAUCCCAGACACAAAAUCCCUCUGGGUGCAAUUCCAGCUCCACUCCUCUUCCAAUUUCCUGCUUCUUUUUUUUUUUUUUUUAAUUUUAUUUUUUUUUUAUUUUGCCUUUUUCUGUAGCAAAUUUCACCCACAGCCAAAUUUUAGCCAGAAAACCGAAAUUUAUUUGUCCAAUUCCCACUUUCAGGAGCUCUCCCAGCUGUUGCCAGCCUGACUUUUUGAGUCACACCUCUCCCUUUUUGGUGCAAGAUUUUAAAGCAAGAUUUGGCUCCCUGGAAUUUUUCUUGUCCUGAAAAUUGGAGGUUUUUUUUCUGUUUUGCUUGUAGGAGAUAAAAUUUCUUUCAUUAUGAACAUAAAAAUUACAAUUUUCUCAUAAGGAGAUAAAAUUUCUUUUAUUAUGAACAUAAAAACUACAAUUUUCAUUCCACUUUUUUUUUUUUUUCCCCUACCCAGCAAGGGAUUUUUCUCCUUGCAGACAAAAAAAAAAAAAAAGUUAAAAAAAGAUAAAACCUUUGGAUAUAUACAAACAUAUACAGGGUGUUUCUGUACAUUUGUCAUUCUGUACAAGCAAGGCACCAUCAGAAGUGACAGUGGCACACACUGGGGGAGGGAAUUGAGAUUUAAUUUCAUUUUUUUUUUGGCAGGAGAUAAUUGAAAAAAAUAACUUCUUUUUAUUUUUAUCCUUCUUGGGUGAUGGGGGAAGAAGGGGGGAUCCUUUUAACUGCAUGGAGGUGAAUUUGGAAUUCUUGGAAGGUUGGACCAAACCACAGGAGCCUUUUCUCAUGGAAAUUUAACCCAUAUUUUCCCUAAGAAAAUACUGAGGGAAAAUGAAAGCAAAGCCCUCCACAACCAGCCAUUAAUGACAACACUGGCAUAAAAAUAAAGGAAAUAAAUGGGUGAAAUAAAACAGGGGGGGAAAAAAAAAAAAUCAACUUCUGGUGAUAAAAGCACUGCUGCCAUCAGUGCAAGCUUUGUUCCAUUUCCCAACUUCCAAAGCAACUGGGGAAGGGGGGGAACUCUCCAAGGACUUGAGCUGUGUGGAAAACAAAAUUGAACUGCAAAGGAGCCCAAAGCAGCUGUGACAGGAAAACCAUCUCAGGGCAAACACCACCACACUUGAGAGGUUUUCAGUCCCCAGUGCAGCUGCAAAGUGGAAAUAAAAUGUCCUUGGAGCUCUGGAUUUACACCUCACUCCUUUACCAGCACACCAGAACCUUCAGGUUAUAAAAGAUUUGUUUGCUUUUACCUGCCAAGAAUGUGAAAGGAGGAACCUCCCUGGGAGGUUUCUUUGCUAAUACACAUUCCUUGGAUUUAAGGGUUGAUGGAAGCUCUUUUUCCAGCCUGCCAGGCACCAACACACCCAUGUGUUCUGCAGGGAAGUGGGAGCAGAAAAAUCCCUGUGGCUCAUAGCUCCAGCCCCUGUGUCCUCCAAAUCCAAAUCCAAUCCCUGUGGCUCAUAGCUCCAGCCCCUGUGUCCCCCAAAUCCAAAUCCAAAUCCAAAUCCAAAUCCAAAUCCAAAUCCAAAUCCAAACCCAAAUCCAAAUCCAAUCCCUGUGUCCCACA